GAAUCAUAAACACUUCGUUGUAAUUAAUUAAUUAAUUAAUUUACGACGUACGUAUUACAUAGUCAUUUCUCAUUCUUUCCUGCGCUGUUUACAGCGAUGAUAGUGUUGUGAUAUUUCAUCAUGCGUCAAUAUAUUUUUGUAGUUUUAUUUGUUCAAUGUUUUAUUAAUUUUUGUGUUGGAGAAAUUUCUCUGGAGAAGAAAGAAAAAUAUUUGGGUGGGUUUAUAGACUACUUGAAUAGUUUGCCUGACCAAGCUUAUUCUUAUGAAGAUGGAGUAAUUAUAAACGCUGAAGAAUUGGCCGAAAAUGUGAAGAUCGAAGCGAGAAUCAAGGCGAACGAUCUGCGUAACCUCGACACCUUCAAGUACGUCAGGUGUUCUGGCACAGUGCGAGAAACCGGCGAGAAUGAGGUCAUCGUUGACGCGUACGAGUGCCACGAUGACGCUGACGCGACUCAAACGACUGACGAGGCUGUCUCAGAGGUGACCAGCGAGACACCCCUGGAGCAUGAACCCGUGAAACUGGACAACGAAGUGCAGACGGACACCGCUGUAACCUCAGGAGAACAGUUCAUCGCGGUGCCCAGCGGUCAGGCGUCCGCGCCUUGCAUCGGGUGCGCUUCCUUCGUGAACCCUGACGCAGCUGGCGUGCCGGAGCUGGCGUCUCUCGGCGUGACGCAACUCAACGCGCACGAACCAGGUGUCACGCACGCGCUCAGCAAGGUCGUGAGCGUUGAGAGACAAGUUCAGGUGGUCAAUGGUGUUCGAUACAUUCUUACCCUUUUGAUUGACUACAAUAGCUGUUCCAUCGCCCAAACAGAAACAUGUGUAGUUACAAAACCUUGUAAGAUAUCAGUGUUAGAAAAGCCCUGGGUGAAAUUACCAGAUGGAUCCAAGUACAGGGCGGUGGUAUCUAACAACUGUACCAAUGACUGGAUCUUCAGAGAACAUGAGCGUGAUAACUCAUCUAAAAACGACAAUGACAAUGACAAUACAGGAGCAAUUGAUGAAAUGGUACAUUUCGUCCAUAAUAAAGAAGUACACUCACAACCAGGUCUUGUUAAGGAUUUAACUGACGAGGACGUAAAAAAAAUACAAGAACAAAUUAUUCCUCAUGAUCAUUUUAUGACAUCACUGUCCAAUCCAAAUGAAAAAACAGUGACUAAUGAAGAUAGCUACACAAAAUCUUUUACCCACCAGCAAACUUCUGGUAUCAAACCAAGUAAAGAUGUUGGAGUUCUUUCAAAUGACAUAACCGAUCCAGACAACAAAUUUGUGUUACCGUCAGAUAAGCAGAAAACCAUAGAUGAUUUGAUUAAUUUUUUUGACUUUUCUAGUUAUAAUCCUAAACCCGAAGAAGAUUUAAGAACACAUCGCAUAAAAAGAAGCUACUCUAAUGAAUUAAAAAUGUUAAAUCUAGCCGAAAAAUUCAGUGAAAUGAAAAAAAGUAUUAAGAAUACUAAACAUUUGUACACUCUAGCACAAGCGAUGGUAGACUAUUUGAACGAAAUAGAUAUAGAAAUAAAGAAUCGUGUUUUGAAAAAUGUGUUGUCUGCAGAGGAAGAAUCUGAUAUAAAACAACAUUUCUACUAUUUACAAGCACUUGUAGAACUUCCAUGCAAAAAGAAAGAAUGUGACAGUAACGACAAAUUGAUUAAAAUUUGCAACGGUGUUAUAGAUAGCACUGAUGAAAGUAGUCCGCAAGUUUUAAGCGUAUUUUGUUAUGAUAAAAAAAAUAAUGAAAGUAAUUGGGGGAAAAUACACCAAGUGCCAGUCAAUGACCCAAUACUACAUAAACUAGCAAUAAGUGCAUUGAAAAAGAUUGAAACUGAAUCCCCGGACGAAAAUGCAUUGAAAUUAUUGAAAAUUAUGAACGGCAAUACUCAGAAAUUACAUGGAAUAUUAACUAAAAUAGUAGUAUUGAUAGGAUAUACAAAAUGUAAAAAAAGUGAACCAUUUUCUAAAAGAGGCAACUGUACAGUUGACCGUGAUUUGGGAUCAAAAAUAUGUGACAUUGAAAUCUUACAAAGAAAAUGGCUGAAAGAAAAUAAAAUUACGUAUGUUUGUACUGAAAGACCAGCAAGCGAAAGUUUCGUUGAUACUAAAAAAGUACAUAAAAAUGUUAAUGAUAGAAGCAUACAAGAAAUGGUACAGGAAGCUUUGCAGGUUUUAGAAGUUCAGUCAAACAAAAAUAAUAAACAAAAAGUUGUAGAAAUAAGGUCAGCAUCGACACAACUCGUAGCGGGGCUUUUGACUAAUAUAGAAUUUAUUGUAGGAUAUACAACAUGUUCCAAUGAGUUUGAAGUGGAUGACGAAAGUUGCAAGUUAAUUGAAUCUGAACCGCUUCGUUUAUGUCACGCUCAAGUUUGGCACAGACCUUGGUUAGAAGAUGGAAGACAAAUGAAUGUUACAUGUAACAACACUAACAAGAACCCUGUUGAAGAUGAUCUUCUUGACCAAGAAUUGAAUGAGUCAUUUAGAAAUAAAAGAUCUCUGAACUCGAACUUCGUUAAUGGUGGUUUUAAAAUUCCAAGUCGUCGAGAGAAAAGGCAGGUUCCAGGUGGACUUACAGAAAACGAUCCUAGUGACCCCCGUUACUUAGCGCUGGCAGAAGAAUCGCUUCAAAAGUAUGUGCAAACUUCAGGAAGCACACAGUCGCAUUCAGUUGCGAAGGUGGACAAAGUUACAACACAAGUGGUGGCUGGAACUAUGACAAAAAUUGACUUUACCGUAAAUGUUGGUGGUUCAGAUAACAUAAAGUGCCAUUCUGAGGUGUGGGAACAGUCUUGGCUCAAUAAAAAAGAAAUUACCGUGACGUGUGACGUAAAUAACCAGGCUCGAAGAGAGAAAAGGCAGAUUACAGGUGGACGUACGGAAAAAGAUCCUAGUGACCCCCGUUACUUAGCGCUGGCAGAAGAAUCGCUUCAAAAGUAUGUGCAAACUUCAGGAAGCACACAGUCGCAUUCAGUUGCGAAGGUGGACAAAGUUACAACACAAGUGGUGGCUGGAAGUAUGACAAGAAUUGACUUUACCGUAAAUGCUGGUGGUUCAGAUAACAUAAAGUGCCAUUCUGAAGUGUGGGAACAGUCUUGGCUCAAUAAAAAAGAAAUUAACGUGACGUGUGACGUAAAUAACCAGGCUCGAAGAGAGAAAAGGCAGAUUGCAGGUGGACGUACGGAAAAAGAUCCUAGUGACCCCCGUUACUUAGCGCUGGCAGAAGAAUCGCUUCAAAAGUAUGUGCAAACUUCAGGAAGCACACAGUCGCAUUCAGUUGCGAAGGUGGACAAAGUUACAACACAAGUGGUGGCUGGAAGUAUGACAAGAAUUGACUUUACCGUAAAUGUUGGUGGUUCAGAUAACAUAAAGUGCCAUUCUGAGGUGUGGGAACAGUCUUGGCUCAAUAAAAAAGAAAUUAACGUGACGUGUGACGUAAAUAACCAGGCUCGAAGAGAGAAAAGGCAGAUUGCAGGUGGACGUACGGAAAAAGAUCCUAGUGACCCCCGUUACUUAGCGCUGGCAGAAGAAUCGCUUCAAAAGUAUGUGCAAACUUCAGGAAGCACACAGUCGCAUUCAGUUGCGAAGGUGGACAAAGUUACAACACAAGUGGUGGCUGGAAGUAUGACAAGAAUUGACUUUACCGUAAAUGUUGGUGGUUCAGAUAACAUAAAGUGCCAUUCUGAGGUGUGGGAACAGUCUUGGCUCAAUAAAAAAGAAAUUAACGUGACGUGUGACGUAAAUAACCAGGCUCGAAGAGAGAAAAGGCAGAUUGCAGGUGGACGUACGGAAAAAGAUCCUAGUGACCCCAGUUACUUAGCGCUGGCAGAAGAAUCGCUUCAAAAGUAUGUGCAAACUUCAGGAAGCACACAGUCGCAUUCAGUUGCGAAGGUGGACAAAGUUACAACACAAGUGGUGGCUGGAACUAUGACAAGAAUUGACUUUACCGUAAAUGUUGGUGGUUCAGAUAACAUAAAGUGCCAUUCUGAGGUGUGGGAACAGUCUUGGCUCAAUAAAAAAGAAAUUACCGUGACGUGUGACGUAAAUAACCAGGCUCGAAGAGAGAAAAGGCAGAUUGCAGGUGGACGUACGGAAAAAGAUCCUAGUGACCCUCGUUACUUAGCGCUGGCAGAAGAAUCGCUUCAAAAGUAUGUGCAAACUUCAGGAAGCACACAGUCGCAUUCAGUUGCGAAGGUGGACAAAGUUACAACACAAGUGGUGGCUGGAAGUAUGACAAGAAUUGACUUUACCGUAAAUGUUGGUGGUUCAGAUAACAUAAAGUGCCAUUCUGAGGUGUGGGAACAGUCUUGGCUCAAUAAAAAAGAAAUUAACGUGACAUGUCAAACAGAGAACCAAAAUCGACGAAAAAAAAGGCAAAGCGACGACGAUGAUAGAAUAUCUGGUGGUCCUAUUGAUCAAGAUCAUAGUCUUCCCGAAUACACUGUUCUAGCAGAGCAAUGUUUACGCGUAUAUUUAGGAAAUAUGAACAUUACCCAGCAUCACAAAGUUGUCGAAGUAAAAGAAGUGACCACACAACCCGUUGCUGGAAUUAUGACCAGGUUAGUCUUUGUGGUUUCACCAACUAAUUGUCUUAUCAACAGUGAAGGUUUUCCGACUUCGGAUUCAUGUAAGAUUAUAGAUAAAACAGAUGUUAAACGUUGUUUUGCGAAAGUUUGGGAUAAGCCAUGGAAAAAACUACGAACUAUUUCUGUAGAUUGUAAAUUUUCAAGAAGAAAAAGAGAAAUUUUGUCUCGCAAAUAUAAAAGUCAAGGAUUGGGGUCUGAAGUUGAACAGGAUGCAAGCAAAUCGGAAUACAGAGAUCUUGCAGAGGAAUCUUUACGAAAAUAUCAAAGUCUACAAAAAUCUGAAGCUGUCCAUAAGGUUAUAGAAGUAAAACGAGUAGUUUCUAAAUUAGUUUCUGGCACAAUUUACAAGAUUGACUAUACUGCAAAAUCGGAGUGUUCAAAAAAUGCCUUAAAUGCAUCUCUUUGUACUAUAUCACUUGAUGACGACAUACUUUAUUGCCAUGCUAAAAUUUGGAACCGUCCUUGGUUAAAACGAAAAGACAUAACAGUUGAUUGUAAUAGCGACUCAAAUAACGAUGAAGAUUCAAGUAACGAAAAAGGAGUUGGAAAGCCCAGUUCAAAACAUGGGCUUUUAGGAGGAAUAGUACAACAAGAUGUAACUGCAGAAAGAUUUAAAACCAUCGCCAGCGCAGCCACUCGGAAAUUCGAAAGAUCGGGAAAGACUCAAUAUAUUCAUAAAGUCGUAAAAAUUGAUGAAGCCACUGAACAAAUUAAAGAUGGAACUUAUGUUGUAAUAAAGUUUACAAUAUCUCCUACAACUUGUUUGGUUGCAGAAACAAAUAUUAAAAUUGAUAAAUGUCCUACCCAAGACCCAAUAUCAACGCUGCGGUGUAUAGCUCGUGUAACAAAGCGCGUUAAUUUUGAUUUAGAUGAUGAUGACAAUACGCACGUGACUUGCAAACAGAUAAAAGCUAAAGAAAGUAAAGGCCGUCAAAAGCGUUUCAUUGAAGUAAGGGAAAAACGGCAAAAUAAAAUUUAUGAUGACGAGAUAGACGAAGAAACUAAAUAUUACUAUGCAGACAAGGCGAUACAGUAUUUAAAUGACCAUUCAAACACCCAUAAUAUGCAGAAAUUAUUGACAAUUCACUCUGUACAAAACAGUAUGCAUAUGAGAGUGCCAAUGGUGCGAAUGUUCCUAGAAACAGCUUAUACUUAUUGCUUACGGGAUGAGGACGAAAAAGAUCUACAUCAAUGUGAUGAAUUAGAUGGCAUGGGCCACCGGCUGUGCCUUGCAAAAUUGUUUCCCGCUGCCGAGGACGAGUUGAUCAUUCAUGAUGUUCAUGUCGUGUGCGAAGAUGACCCAGAUUUCUUACGAGUUACUGGUUUAGCUAUUGCAGAUCUUGUUACUAUAUCUCUGAUGAAACUGGAAAAAUCUCCAAAUAUCAAAUAUAAACUUGUUCACCAAGGAGAGCCUAACGUAGUUCCGAGUCUGAAUCUUAAAAUACCAGUCAAACUGAAUUUUAUAGUAGCUUCUACGAAUUGUUCUAAGGACGUAGACCCUAAGAGAGACAAUGUUGCUUGUUUCCUAGACACUACUAGACCUGCAAAAUCUUGUAUGUCUUACAUAUGGUUAGUACCUAACAGCAGAAAAAUAUCGCGUCUCGAAGUUACUUGUGAUCAGACCAGUCGUACAAAGAGAUCACUUGCCAAUAACACGUUAUCCCUGGAUACUAAUGGAGCCCAUAUAAAACAGUUAGUACAAGAAUCUUUAGAAAAACUAGAAAUGUCUUCCCUUCAUAGGUACAAACAACGCGUAUUACAAAUCAACAGUUAUACUACUAAGAUAACCACAGGAAAAGUGACCACAAUUGAUUUCGAUGUCGGGUACACAAACUGUCUGAAAUAUGAAUGGAUCGACAACAUAACUAGCUGUGCCUUUCUGGAACAUUUGCCACGACGACACUGUGUGUCGCUAGUUUGGGAGAGGUUGUGGAUACAAAACGGUAGAAACAUCGAAGUGAAUUGUGAAGAUGACGAGACCCCGUUAGAGUCUCGUAUAGAGUUUGAGAGCGCGGAGACUGCAAUGCAGCUUGCCAAGCAAUCUUUAAAGCACAUCGAGGCGAAGUAUCCGCACCCAAAAAAACAGCAGGUUGUAAGAAUUUUCUCUCUAGAAAAACAAGCUGUUGCCGGCAUACACUAUAGAAUGAAACUUGAAGUUGGGUUCACGAACUGUUCAGCGCUUUCUUUUGAACGGGAUUGCGCGGUUACAAGCGAUGGUAAUAUGAACCGUUAUUGCCGCGUGAACGUUUGGCUGCGGCCCUGGACUGAUCACCCGCCGAUUUACCGGGUCACUUGCGAUUACCAGGAUAGCACAUCGACGGAGUUGUACCACCACAUACAAGCCGAGCAAUUAUUUUCUAGCUUCUUGACGACUUACAAGCCCGACUACGUGAAUGACCACGUGGAGAUGGCGAAGAGGUUUGACAUAUUUAAGGAUAAUAUUAAGAAGAUACACGAGCUGAACAUUUACGAGCUUGGUACGGCUACGUAUGCGGUGACUCGGUUUGCAGAUUUGACUCAAGAAGAGUUUCGUAGCAAGUACCUGGGUUUGAAGCCAAGUUUGCGGGACGCGAACCAGGUGCCGAUGCGGCAGGCCAAGAUCCCGAAGGUGCAUAUCCCGGAGGCGUUCGACUGGCGGACCUUCGGCGCCGUCACGCCGGUGAAGGAUCAAGGCGCCUGUGGCAGUUGUUGGGCGUUCAGCGUUACAGGUAACAUUGAAGGCCAGUGGAAGAUACAAACUGGGGAGUUGGUCUCUCUGUCUGAGCAGGAGCUGGUGGACUGCGACAAGCUGGACCACGGCUGCAAUGGAGGCCUGCCCGAUAACGCGUACAGAGCCAUCGAACAGCUAGGCGGAUUGGAAACGGAGUCCGACUACCCUUACGAAGGCGAAGACGACAAGUGCUCGUACAACAAGACGCUUUCGCGCGUGUACAUCAACGGGGCCGUCAAUAUCUCCUCCAACGAAACCGAGAUGGCGCAGUGGCUUAUACACAACGGACCCAUAUCCAUUGGUAUUAACGCGAACGCCAUGCAGUUCUACCGGGCCGGCAUUUCUCAUCCUUGGAAACUACUCUGCAACCCCAAUAACAUAGACCAUGGGGUGCUCAUAGUGGGCUACGGCAUUAAAGAUUACCCCCUCUUCCACAAGCGGCUGCCAUAUUGGAUCGUGAAAAACUCUUGGGGCUCGGGAUGGGGAGAAGAAGGCUACUACCGCGUGUACCGCGGCGACGGCACCUGCGGGGUUAACACGAUGGCCAGCAGCGCGGUGGUUAAGCCGCGAGAGGGUUAACACUGCGCGUGAAUUGUUGCCACCGUAUUUUGAACCGUAUUGUAAUAACUUGUAAGUUCAAAAUCAAUGUUCUUUUUCUCAUUACGUUAUUUUACUGACGAGUUAAUAGAUCUGAAAUAAAUAUAACGGAUUAGCAAUACAAUCAAUAAAAUACUGAUAAUAAU